GUGUGUGGAACCUCUGCACGUACGGGGCCAUGGCGGAUCCGGCGCUCGCCGAUAACGAGCCCAAACUCAGCAAAAAGUCUGGGCACUGACUGCAGUAGCUCUGUAGCUCAGCUCACCCCACCAUGCUGACUCUCGUUAGAGCUGCUAGGCAGCAAGUGGUCCGAGCCAUGGGGGUUGGGGUCGAGAGGUCAAAGCUCGCCCUGCCCAGCACGGCUGCCAUCCCGUCGUUACCCCAGGGGACUCGAUCGAAAGGUGACAGAAGUGAGCAGAAGAGGCGGAUGAAGGCCGAGAAGAAGGCUGUGGAGAAGGAGGCCAAGGCCAAGGAGCUGGUGGAGCAGAAGAAGGAGCACAAUAACAAGGUGGAAGAGAACCUCUGCAACGCAGAUGAGGAAACCCUUGACCCGAACCAAUACUACAAGAUUCGUACUCAAGCCAUUCAGGUGCUGAAGGGCACUGCAGAAGAUCCAUAUCCUCAUAAGUUCCACGUGGACCUGUCGCUCACCGACUUCAUCGAGAAGUACAAUCACCUGGAACCUGGCGACCAGCUCACGGACGUCGUGCUAAGCGUGGCUGGUCGCGUUCAUGCCAAAAGGGUUUCGGGUGCCAAGCUGCUCUUUUACGACCUGCGUGGAGAGGGGGUCAAGCUGCAAGUUAUGGCGAACUCCAGAAACUAUAAAUCAGAAGAAGAGUUUGUGAAGAUCAAUGCCAAGCUGCGCCGAGGUGACCUUAUCGGUGUCCGUGGCAACCCUGGGAAGACGAAGAAAGGCGAGCUGAGCAUCAUCCCACUGGAGAUGACGCUUCUGUCUCCUUGCCUCCACAUGCUGCCCCAUCUUCAUUUUGGCCUGAAGGACAAGGAGACCAGGUUCCGUCAGCGCUACCUGGACCUCAUUCUGAAUGACCACGUGCGGCAAAAGUUUGUGACCCGUGCCAAGAUAAUCACAUACCUGCGUGGCUUCCUUGACCAGCUGGGCUUCCUGGAGGUUGAGACACCAAUGAUGAACCUCAUCCCAGGGGGUGCGGUGGCACGACCAUUCAUCACCUACCACAACGAGCUUGACAUGAACCUGUACAUGAGGAUUGCCCCUGAGCUGUACCACAAGAUGCUGGUGGUGGGUGGCAUUGACCGCGUUUAUGAAGUCGGGCGUCAGUUCCGAAACGAGGGCAUCGACCUCACGCACAAUCCCGAGUUCACCACCUGCGAGUUCUACAUGGCCUACGCUGACUACAAUGACCUGAUGGAAAUUACAGAGAAGCUGCUCUCAGGGAUGGUCAAGCACAUCGCGGGUGGCUACAAGGUGACCUACCACCCGGAUGGGCCGGAGGGUCAGGCCUAUGAGAUCGACUUCACCCCGCCCUUCAAGAGGGUCAGUAUGGUUCAUGACUUGGAGAAGCUGGUAGGCGUGAAGUUUCCCUCCCCUGACACCUACGACAGCGAUGAGACCCGCAAGUUCUUUGAUGAGCUGUGUGCUGAAAAGGGAGUGGAAUGUCCUCCACCCAGAACCACAGCACGCCUCCUGGACAAGCUUGUGGGUGAUUUUCUGGAGGUGACCUGUAUCAGUCCCACGUUCAUCUGUGACCACCCCCAGAUUAUGAGCCCCUUGGCCAAAUGGCACCGAUCGCAGAAAGGGCUCACGGAGCGUUUUGAGCUCUUUGUGAUGAAGAAGGAGAUCUGCAAUGCGUACACAGAGUUGAAUGACCCUAUUCGGCAGAGAGAGCUUUUCGAGCAACAAGCCAAGGCCAAAGCCGAAGGCGAUGACGAGGCCAUGUUCAUUGACGAGACUUUCUGCACCGCGCUGGAGUAUGGUCUGCCGCCCACAGCUGGGUGGGGAAUGGGCAUUGACCGCCUCACUAUGUUCCUCACUGACUCCAACAAUAUCAAGGAGGUCCUGCUGUUCCCUGCCAUGAAACCGGAAGAGAACAAGCCAUCUGCACCUGCUGAGGGAACCUCUGUCUAAGCAGCUGGGUCUUCGGAGAUAGUCGUCUAUGCUGGGCGAUGAGUCUGGCCCAAGGAACAUCCUGUUGGUUUCUUUGACUGUUUUUCUCUUGCUCGCUGUCUGAUCUUCAUUAACCGAUUUGUCACUCUGGACGUGGCUCAGGGUCUGAUAUAUCUAAAAUGGCGAGGGAUUUGUUACUUUCAGCCUAUUUUUUCAGUGAAAUAAAUGGAAAAAUUAAUCUGUGCAUUUUUAAUACCGAUAUUUAUCUUUUUCAUGUUCUGUCUGGUCUGAAAUUUCACUAUAAUAAUCGGAACAAAGGGCACACGACCCUGUUCACCAGACCAAAAUGCAGCGUUUGGUAACAUUCGGAAGUUUCAAUGGGGCAGAAUGUUGUCUCUGGUGUGGAGUUCUCUCAUCCUGCUGUUUUUCCUCACAGAUGGACCAAAAAUGAAGGUUCACUUGUGAUUUAAUAAAGUCCAAUAAAAAGA